UCCCUUUCAGUUCUGAAGACGAUCGAAUCGACGCUCCUCCCCGCCCUUCCACCGGCGACAGAUUUUUCCACCCAUUUUUAUCUGUUUUAUAGUCUUAAGCAAUGGGUUCGAUCGGCAAGAACGGCGGAACAGUGACCCCUGUGAAAGAUUCAACGGGAUCUGGAUCGAAGAUGAUUCAAGAAGUGUCGGGGAAUUCUGAGAAUACGAAUCCGAAUGUUAAUGAUUCGAUUAGCUCAGUUCUAAAGCUCUGGAAAUCUUCUCCUUCGAUGAAAUCUACAAAGACAGCUCAGAAAUCAGCCGCGAAAAACCCUAGCGCGGUUUUGAACUCACCGAAGUACAAGAUCAGGGAGAGGAAGUUUGUGGUGGCGAAGAAGAAUUCAAAGAACGAGAAAUCUGGUAAAUGUAAGACUGAUUGCAAGUGUGAAGUUAAUACUCGGAGUGAUGCGAAGAAAUGUCUGUGUUUGGCUUACGAGACUCUCAGGGCUUCUCAGGAGGAGUUUUUCAAGAAUCAGAGCGGCGGUAUUGGGGAGAUCGAUGAAACGGAGCAGUUGGAUGGGUCGAUUAGGGCUGAGAUUGACCUAGAAGAAGAAAUGGAGAGGAAAUUGAUGAUUCAAGACCUUCAAAAUGAAGACAGGACUGAAGCAGAGGCAUUUGAUGUUAAUGGAGAGAGUGAAUCGCCUGAACAAGUGAGUAAUUCGAUGAUCAAGAGGCGAAGGGAAAGGCUGCUGGAGACAGCUAGGAAUAGUGUUCCAGAAACGGGAUCUGGUAAGGUUAAGCAUUUGGUUAUGGCGUUUGAGAAGCUCAGAACUAUACGUGUUUCAAAAGAUUCGGAUGAGCAACCAGAAAACCAAGAGAAGGCCAUGGAAGAGAAGAACAAGCUGAUUAAAUGGGCAUUGCCAGGAUUACCUCCUCCAAAGGUUUCCGAAAUGCAGGGCUCAUCUUCUUCAUUUUUCCCAUCAGAACUGUUUUUUACAUCAGAAAAUCGUGCUUUGGAUCCUGCAGCUUCAGUUUCAUCUUCUUGGGACAGCUCUCGUGGAAGUAUUUCAAGCAGGACUUCCCAUGGUGGUAGAAGAAGCAGAAGAAAUAGCACUGAAUCGGAUGGCACAUUGGGCGGAAGUAGAUGGAAGAAAAGGCAGCUGAAAGUCACUAGGCAAAAACCGUUUAAGCUCAGAACAGAGCAAAGAGGUAAGGAGAAGGGAGAAGAAUUUCUGAAGAGGGUACAAGAAACAAUGAUGGAGCAAGAGAGACAGAGAAUACCAAUUGCUCAAGGUCUUCCAUGGACAACUGAUGAGCCAGAGUGCCUUGUAAAACCUCCUGUGAAGGAAAAUACAAGACCAGUGGAUCUGGUUCUCCACAGUGAUGUAAGGGCAGUAGAGCGGGCCGAGUUUGAUAAUCAGGUAGCAGAGAAGUUGAGUCUGAUAGAGCAGUACAAGAUGGAUAGAGAGAAACAGCAGAAGAUGGCUGAGGAGGAAGAACUGAGGAGGUUGAGAAAAGAAUUGGUUCCAAAGGCACAACCAAUGCCUUAUUUUGAUAGGCCCUUCAUCCCUCGAAGGUCCGCAAAGCUUCCAACUAUACCAAGGGAACCAAAGUUCCAUAUCCCACAGCAGAAGAAGAGCAAGUCCUGCUUGCCCUGGAAUGAUGUGGGUAGCCACCACUAUACCUUUCAACCAUGAAGAACAGAGUCUUGUAGAGAAAUAACUCAGUUCCAAUUUUUUUGACAUAGUAGUUCCCCCUGGUCGCUGAAUAAGCAUAUUGUUCUGUUCUAUCAAGUGUUCUUCUCUACCCUAAUUUUGUUGGCUUUCUUUCUAAUGUAUUCUUUGUCAAAGCUAAUAUAUAUAUAAUGACAAAUGAGGCAACCAAUUAUAGUUGCUUGCUUUACACA